AGCGAAGCCCAGCCAGCCGGUGGGGCGCAAGUGGCCGCCGGGGCCGGCAGGGGGCGCGCUGCCGCGGCGGGCGGGCGGCGCGUCUAGGCCCGAGCGGUCCCGGGGGUGCGCUCGGUGCCCACAAAGCGCCAGCUGAGGGGCCGUUGCGGGCUGAGCGCGGCUGAGCCUGCCCGCCACCCGAGCUCCACCGGCCGGCCGCCCCGCGCCUCUGCCGCGUCCCCGCGCCCCGAGCAGCCGGGCCCGACGGCAGUGCGAGAGCGGGGUCGGGAAGGCAGGGCCGGGCGGGCGCCGCCUGCGGAGAGGCCGGGGGCCGGCCUGCGUGGGGCAGCGCGGAGGCGGCGGCGGCGACUCCGGCGGGGCCGGACAGCGCAGGACCAUGGCCGAGGCAGCCCCGGCUCCGACUUCUGAAUGGGACUCCGAAUGCCUUACAUCCCUGCAGGCGCUUCCUCUUCCCACACCCCCAGCAGCAAAUGAAGCACACCUGCAGACUGCGGCCAUCUCCUUGUGGACAGUAGUGGCGGCCGUGCAGGCUAUCGAGAGAAAGGUGGAGGUCCACAGCCGGCGACUCCUGCACCUGGAAGGACGGACAGGGACGGCCGAGAAGAAGCUGGCCAGCUGCGAAAAGACAGUGGCUGAUCUCGGGAACCAGCUGGAGGGCAAGUGGGCGGUGCUGGGGACCCUGCUGCAGGAGUACGGGCUGCUGCAGAGGCGUCUGGAGAACUUGGAGAAUCUGCUGAGGAACAGGAACUUCUGGAUCCUGCGGCUGCCCCCCGGUAUUAAAGGAGAUAUCCCAAAGGUGCCUGUGACAUUUGAUGACAUCUCCAUCUACUUUUCCACUCCAGAGUGGGAAAAAUUAGAAGAAUGGCAAAAGGAACUUUACAAGAAUAUCAUGAAGGGCAACUACGAGUCUCUCAUUUCCAUGGAUUAUGCCAUGAAUCAACCUGAUGUCUUAUCUCAGAUUCAGCCAGAAGGGGACCAUAAUACAGAGGACCAGGCAGGGCCAGAGGGAAGUGAGAUUCCCACAGAUCCCAGUGAAGAGCCUGGCAUUUCAACAUCGGAUAUUCUGUCUUGGAUUAAACAAGAGGAAGAGACCCAGGUCGGCACCCCACAGGAGCCCAAGGAGAGUGACAUGUGCAAAAGCACCUAUGCCGACGAAGAGCUUGUCAUCAAAGCUGAAGGCCUCGCCAGAGCCUCCCUGUGCCCCGAGGUGCCCGUCACCUUCUCUUCUCCGCCGGCAGCAGCAGCUAAGGAUACGUUUCCGGACGUGGCCUUCAAAAGCCCGCAGUCUGCGCCCAUGGCGCCGUUUGGACGUCCAGCCACCGACCUGGCCGAAGCCUCUGAGGGACAAGUGACUUUCACUCAGCUGGGCAGCUACCCCCUCCCGCCUCCGGCCGGGGAGCAGCUGUUCUCGUGCCACCACUGCGGCAAGAGCCUCAGCCAAGACAUGCUGCUGACCCACCGGUGCGGCCCUGCAGGGGAGCGCCCGGCCCCCUGCGCCCAGUGCCCCAGGCACUUCCCCCCGCACGCCGACCGCGGCCCCCAGCCGCCCGCCGGCGAGACGCCACCCACCUGCCCACACUGCGCCAGGACUUUCACUCACCCGUCCAGACUCACCUACCACCUUCGGGUCCACAACAGCACCGAGCGCCCCUUCCCCUGCCCCGACUGCCCCAAGCGCUUCGCCGACCAGGCGCGCCUGGCCAGCCACCGGCGAGCCCACGCCAGCGAGCGGCCCUUCCGCUGCGCGCAGUGCGGCCGGAGCUUCAGCCUGAAGAUCAGCCUGCUGCUGCACCAGCGGGGCCACGCGCAGGAGCGGCCCUUCUCCUGCCCUCAGUGUGGCAUCGACUUCAACGGCCACUCGGCCCUGAUCCGCCACCAGAUGAUCCACACGGGCGAGCGGCCGUACCCCUGCCCUGACUGCAGCAAGAGCUUCAUGCGCAAGGAGCACCUGCUCAACCACCGGCGGCUGCACACGGGCGAGCGGCCCUUCAGCUGCGCACACUGCGGCAAGAGCUUCAUCCGCAAGCACCACCUCAUGAAGCACCAGCGCAUCCACACGGGCGAGCGGCCCUACCCCUGCGCCGAGUGCGGCAGGAGCUUCCGCUACAAGCAGACGCUCAAGGACCACCUGCGCUCGGGCCACGGUGGCGGCUGUGGUGGGCAUAGUGACCCCUCUGGACAGCCGCCGGACCCCCCGGGCCCCCUCCUAACUGGGCUCGAAACCGCUGGCCUGGGCGUUAACACCGAAGGUCUAGAGGCCAAUCAGUGGUAUGGGGAAGGGACUGGAGGCGGGGUUCAGUAAAUGUCUCUCCUUUCAGGGUUAGCCGUGCUGGCAGCGGGGCAAGAGGCAAGCCCAGAAGCCCCUGCACCCCGCUAACCCGGUGGUAAUGCCCGCCUGGCACGUCAGUGAAUCUGGGGUCCUGUGCACUUGACCAGAGCCGUGCUUGAGUUUCGGAACUUCACAAGAGCAGCACAUUGUGAAACCCAGGAAGACCCGGAAGAGAGCCCAGCUUCCCCAUCUUUUCAAAAACAUUACCUAAGCAGAAGUUAUAAGAACGUUGCAGAGAGGUUGGAAAGCAAGAUUCGGCCUCUGGUGAUCCAUCACAGGGUAAUUCGGCCUCUGGUGGUCCAUCACUAGGCAGAGUCAGGUGCGUGGAAGAGCCUCCAAGGCUUGAAGCCCAUUCUGCGGCAGAGAAUGUUUAACUGAGCCUUUCAUCACCUCCUUGAUGGUAGGACGGUUGCUAGAAGAAAGUGCCCAAGCCUGGGCCCCACUCCUGUUCCUCCCAGACAGUGGCUCCAGUUGGCUCACGUGCUUGGGUGCCGUCUCUCCUGAAGUGAUGACUCAAGACUGCCUUCCUAGGUCUGCUAGAUUAAUUCUUCUAAUAUAUUUUAAUACUGGAUGAGCAGAAAGUCUGACUUUAAAAGCUUCUUAAGGAGAACAGUUCUUUCACUAGCUUAAUUUGAAGCAUUCAGGCUUUUACUGCCAUUUAAACUGCUAGAAACUUUUGCCGGGGUCCUGGUUAAAAAUUUGGGAGCAGGAUUCUCAGCCCCAGCUUUAAAAGCUAGAGAUCCCCGAGAAGUGACAGAACAGCCUAGAGUUUGUGCCUGAACCCUGUUUCUUAGAGUCACUUAUGUCAUAUUCUUCCUUAUUGUUUCCAAGCAAGUAAGCUGGCUUUUCCAUUCCCGGUGUCUGAUAUUCUGACAAUCAUCAGCAGAAAAGGUCACAGCACUUUCCAGAAGCAUUACAGAGUUUUGGAAGGUGCCAGUGGACUCUCACCUUUCACUUCCUCAGUACUGAGAUGAUAGUUACAAUGCCGCUUUCUUGAGCCAGCAGGGUGUCUGUUCACCCCCUCCCCCGGCGAUGGGCAGAUUGAGGGACUUCGUAGGCCCCUGAGAGCUAAGCACCAGGUGUGGAUGAGGACAGCCUCUUCCUGCUGGCUUUGCUUCUGGGGACCUUGGCUACCGUGUGUUCUUUUGUCAGGGUCGGUCAGUCAGUCACCUGGGAGCAUCUGAGCCUGGUCCCAUUCCCAAGUGGCUUUGCAGUUGGGCCAGUUUCCCUUUACAGAUCUCAGAUUUUCAUCUGCAAAAUGAGGCUGGUGAAAGGAAAAAAAGUGAACCUUUAGAAUUAAAAAAAAAAAAAUUUUGUACAUUCCUUCUCCUGCCAAAAUCCUGUCUCUAUCUCUGGCUUUUAUCCAGGCAAAGCAAAAUAAGACAGCAAAAUCAAAGCAGCGACAUUCUUGCUGAAACUUGACUGAAAUCAGUUUGAUUUGUUGUUUUACUCUUGCUUGGAGACUGAGGUAGAAGACAGAGAAUGCAGAAGUCCUAAGUCUUGGGCAGAAAAGUUGUCUGUACCUGUACUCUCCUGUUUCCCCUGAAUCUUCCUGAGACGGCUGUGACAGGGUCUGCGAGUAUUUAGACAAGACACUUUCUUGAUGAAAUGAUAAGGGAAGGACCCAUUUUUUCCCUUAUCACCCAGCCCAAACCUCACCCUUCCUAGUUAUGUGUAACUACACUAGGAAAAAAGUGUCACCCCAGCUAGCUUUGCUCCUGGGAAUGCUCUGUCUGAACAUGCUGCUCUUUAGGAUAAUCACAUGUAUACAACAUCUGUGACAUUCUUAACACCAAGCAUCAUGGGAGGCCUAAGAAAUGUGUAUGAGACCUAUUCCACGGUCAUAACUUACAGUCUAAAGGCAAGGGUAUGGGACAAACCAAGAGGGAUGAUAAACAGAACCCUGGCAUAUGGGAUUAAGAGUUUUCUAGCUAGAAUCUGGACCCAUACCAUGGAAAAUUGGGGGGUUCUGGGGAUCCCAAAACCAGGGUUCCAGCUUUACUGGUGACCCACUAGGAACUUGAGUGUGAGAUCCAGCUCUGGUUUGCAUCCUGAUCUUCCUAAUGAAAAGGAAGAAGAGUCAGAUCUUUAUGUGGUGAGGUCCCUUUUCUGAACAGAUGGAUUUGAGCAUUCGCCAGGGUUUGCUGGAGAAGGCACUCCUACACUAGGUGUGAUGAUGGAUGAGAUAACAUGGAAAUUCUUUUUUACUCAAAGGUUUACUGAGGACACAGAGCUUAUUAAUGAGAGAGACCUGUGGAUUCAAAUGCUGCAGAUAGGUCCCACAGUCCCUUUUGCAAGGAACUGUAGCCAGCAGGGACCCACACUUUGGCAAGAAGUGAACAGAGUUCAAAUACCAGUGAGGCAAGAGCCGUGAAGCUGAAUGAAAGGGAAUGGGCAGCAUCACGCCAGAAAGAUGGAAGUAGAUGUUAUCCAAUCCUCAGCCCUUGAACAAACUAGGGGUUCAGCUACUGUACUUUCUGGUCUCCUUUCCCUCCACCAGUCCUCUACCAGGUAGAACUCCAGGCCAGCUCUAAAUUCGAGUUUGUUUGCUUAAGGUUCAAAAGUGGAUAAGUAAAAUAGACCAGUGGAAAAGAUAAGUCCAACAGAGAGGUUCCAGUGUGUGGAGAAACGUGGUCCAUCAAGGGCUCCUGAGACAAACCAUACACUUAACAGUAACUGAGGAUUGGUCUUCCUGACCAGACACAGUGGGAAAGAGGAAAACCUAGAAACGUGCUCUUCAUCAGUCUGCCCGCUGGGCUGGGAAGUCUGUACUAUCACAUAAAUAGGCACCAUCUCCUUGGAGUGGAUCCAGCUGUUGACUGUAACCAGAGUCACUCUUUGCUUACUAGAUUUUUCAUUAUCACCGUAAGAUGAACCUCUGGCUCAGCCACAGAUGUGAACAUAAAUGGAGUUGAUUGUCCAGAAAGUGAAAGAAGACUCUGAUCUUUUCUGCUGGAUAUUUGUUACUGGAACACCAUGGCUGGGCUCUAGCUACUUUACAUAACUUCCCAGCAGUGCUUUACAUAACUUCCCUCAUCAUUAGUAAUAGUCUGCGGACUUUCUGUUGGGGGACUCUGCUGGGCUUCUUUUUGGAGCAUUUUUAAAUAUUUGGGUGUCCAUGCCUAUCUCAACCAGGACCAGACCUUAUGGCUUACUAGGGAGUAACAAAUGUUCACUGUCUCAGUCGGCAACAGUCUUGUUGAUAAAAGAGGGCCCGAGUUCCUUUAUCUGUUCUUUCUGAAUGGGAUGGAGAACCCAAACUUCUGCUCAGAUUUCCUCUUGAGGAGGGGCAGGGCAUGCUGUCCCACAGCCACAUCCCACACUGUAGCUUCUUAGACAAUAAAAAGCAUCCUCCUCGGCUGUCUGGGGGCUGCUGAGGAGCGAUGAGGAAAAGCAAGUCUCCCCAAAAGGUUCUCACAGACCGGGGACUCUGUUAUCAUCAGAGAUAUGUUCUUUCUGUGUGCUCGGUGGACACCUUUGACCCUGUUCCCUUCACUCGACAAAGGAAGCAGUCUUCUCGCAGGGUUUUACACAGAGGACAUUCUUUGACUUGGCAAGUGUCAGGCUCUUACAAGCAAAAGAUCCUCAAGUUAGGGCAAAUUGGUGGGAGAUGGGAGUAGGGAGUGCUUGGGUCUUGUAAGGACACGUCAUGUGGGUUAGUACAGCUUAAUGGCUUAAAGCAGGGACUAGAUUCAGACCUAGAUUCAAGUCCUGACAUCAUAAGAAGUAACAUAACAUAUUAUUUAGCCAUCCUGAGCCUAGUUUCCUUAUCUGUAAAAUAGAAUGGUGCUGUGUCUCGGAGGUGUCAGGGUUUGGGGGCAACCUGUGAAAGUGCUUAGCACAGAGCCUGGCACACACAGGUGUCGGGGCAGCCGUCAGGAAAGGUGCAGGCCCAACCAGAGAGGGGAAGGUGCAGAGGACUGAGGUCGCUCUGCAAAAGCACGUGAUUGCUUGAUGACGUAGCUUUUGCCUUCCAUCUUUUGCUUCCAUCUAGCCUGUUCGUUCACUCUGUCUUUUCUGUAUCUCCUGGCUCCCAAAAGUCUGUGUGUGCCCUGACACCAGGUGGUUCUGGUUCUCUUGACUUUUCUUAGUUCACAUUCUAACACGUGGGGUCUGGCCCAGCUCCUCUUUCUAUACCAGGCCGCAGAAGUCUCCAUCCAGCCCUUGGACUGGCUGCCCUUGGGUUACAUGCUCAUCUUGGUUCAGUCAGCUGUAGUCAGGAGGGAAGGUCCCAGAUCCCAGGAUCUGUGGGCCUGGUAGACUGACUUGGGAAUGGGCCAACCGUGGCACAGUGGGGCAUUUCUAGUACUGCGAGGAGAGGAAAGACUCUGUUUCACCUGUAUCAGGCUUCCUUGAAAGGCUUCUACUUCAUCAGCACAUCCGAGACCAGAGCUCAUGGCCCCUGCGUAAAGGACCUGGAAGGUGCUGUUUCUGUAUCUUGCAAAAGAAGUAAUUUGUUACUUUCUAGGGUGUUAUUCCUCCUCUCUGUCCCAGCUCCACUUUCUUUUUAAAUAUGUAACUCUGGCCAUAAUUCUAUUUAUACACACAUACACAAUGACUUCUGUCAGCUUGGUCAAACUGCCUCUUCAAAACGAAACAUAAUUCCACCCCUUAAGACCAACCGCCCACUGAAGAAUGCAGAGAGAUACAGUCAAAUCAGAGAGGCCUCAAAAGUACUGCGCUGCAAUGCUCUUAAAAUUGCCAGGUUACAUUUCAAAUAAAAUAUUUGGUAAAACCUCAUUGGGCUACGUGGCUUUGUGUCUGCUAUUAGCAAAGCCAGUAUUUACUGUAAAAUCUUGAAGCUGGUCUAAAAAUUAAGCUACCCAAGAACUGGGGCCAUGUCUUAUUUUGUAUUCCUCCUGGUGCCACAUGCUGUCAGGGACGUGGAUGCUCGAUGAGUGAUCGUGCAGUGGGAGGACCACCUGAGUAGGGAUUACAAACGAUUCUGGUUGUAGCUUAACAUUCUCUACCUGCUUGGUUCAGAGCAAGCCACUUAAAUUGUGUACAUCUCAUUUUCCUAAUUCUAAUGGGCAGAUUGAACAAGGUGGUAGUAGAAGGUCCCUUCCAACUCUAAAAUCAUAGAAUUUAAGAUUUUACUUCCUGGUCCUGUUUUCCUUGUCUGGUUUCUCCCCAGAUUCUGCCUUAUUGAGUGAUUCCUUUGACACAGCAGAAUCAACACCUUGGAGAGGUACACAUUAUUACAGAUUCAAGAGUCUCAUUCUAACCAUAUUAUGAUUACUCCAAAACCACACAAACUGACAAAAUUCUAGCAAAACUAAAAUUUCGUUUGAAUACACAGUAUGUAUUUGACUGCACUUUUAAGCAUAGGAAGACACACCAAAAUAAUAGUUGUUCUAGGGUGCUGGGGUCAUUCAGUGGUUACUUUUUCCUGUAUAUUUUGUGUAAUGUAAAACAUUUUGUAUAUAGCACUUCUAAUGCUUUUAUAAGAAUAAGGAUUAUCAUAAUGAAAGAGGUCCUGGAAAGGAAGUCAGGGAGCCUCUUGCUUUGGUCUUCUCACUCGCAGUGUGAGGCUAGUACACACUUUACCAAGUUUACCUAAGGUGUUGUGAGGCUCAAAUGAGGGAAGGUCUUAAAAAGUGCUUUGAAACAUACUGCAAGCCUAAGAAGAAAGUGUUGAUAUAGUAGGUGCAGGAGAAUUACUUGUUGAUCAGUUACACAGUUUCCUGGAUGUUACUUAAAUGAUGCUUCUCUUCAGUCAAGACUGGGCAGUGGUUGUUUCUUCACUUCCAGUUUGCUUGCCUGUGCUGGGGGGAAGCUAGCCUGAGAUUGCAAUUUGGGAAGCAGUGAGAGAACAGAAGUACGUGUGGGCAGAGACUGAAAAAAAGUUUGAUGCAGAAAAUAUCAGGGUGACAUAUAUAAUGUGACCUAUAUAAUGUGUUGACUUCUACCAGCAACUCAGGCGAGAUAACCAGUUUUAUGUAUAUGAGGAAUUAUAACAAAUUGGAAAGGCAGGCAUAUUCCUGGAGAGAUUGGUUUAAACAGAAUUCAAAAUUAAGGAUGUACGUAAAGCUAUGUACAUCAAAUCAGUUCUUGGCUUUGAGGUUGUAGUUUAAAAAAAUUAUAUAAGAAAAACAAUAUCUGCAAGCCAACCUCAAUGAGUAAACAGCAGAAUAAAACAAUGAACAAGAAAAGUUAAGUCAAUCAUUUUUUAGUAUUAGUCAGUAAGUAAUAAUUUGGGAUGUUUAUGCCCCCAGGGAGAUCUUGUGGGGCUGAGACAAGGACCUGAGAAACAGCAGGGAGCCCUUCUUAUGCUGCUUUGUUCUUGGCCGGUCAUUAGAAUAACCUGGGGAGCUAAAAAAAAUAUUUAUGUCGCGGCUCACCCUGGCAUGAUUUGAUUCAUCUGGGAUGGGGCCUAGAUGUUUUGUUUUUUAAAGUUCCCCCAAGUGAUUCUAAAGUGCCUGCAAGUUUAGAAGAUCAUAGAAAGAGAAAGUGAAUUCUUGGACUGGAAAUGACCAGUUAGCCUGCUUUCCCAGAACAGGGAGCUGUGGACUGAAGAUGAAUAAAAGGAUUUUUGAAUCCACAAUGGGAAGUCCUAAUUUGAUUCUAGAGGCAGGACUCGGAAGGAAAUAAGGCUAUGGGAAUGGCUGUUGAAAAAGUUCUGAGUGACCUCAGCAGUUAAGUUAGGAGCUCCAGAGGCAGCAUCCAUUUUAGCUGUGCCCACGGCAGGCUCUGUGCAGAGACCUGGUAUGGACAGGCCGCUGCGCGAGCAUAGGUGGGAACAGCACCAGCGCCUGCGCCGCCGUCCUCCCUAACCUCCGUCGUGGUGAGGCCAGCACCUCUGUGUAAGAGCAGCUUGCUGGAGAACCGAAAGGGACUGUGGUGAUGUCAUUACCAGCUCAGAUUUAACAAUAAUACACGGUUUUAAUACCUUAUUGGUUGCUUUUAGAAAAACCAGUAUUAUUCUGCAUGAGCACUAGACUAUUUUGAAUGAAUUUUGACCAUUUUUAAUAAUCAGCCUAGGGACUUCCCUGGCGGUCCAGUGGUUAAGACUUCGCCUUCCAAUGCAGGGGGUGCAGGUUCGAUCCCUGGUCAGGGAGCUAAGAUCCCACGUUCCUCGCGGCCAAAAAACCGAAACAUAAAGCAGAAACAAUAUUGUAACAAAUUCAAUAAAGACUUUAAAAAUGGUCCACAUCAAACAAACAAACGAAAGAAACCCCAAAAACAAACAAACGGAAAACAAAAAAAAGUCACCCCACACUUAAAUGUUGAAGGGUUGCCCACUGAGAAGAUUCAAGAGGAUGUACUGCACUUAUCACCAACAUAAAACGUGUCUUCUGCAUGAAGGGUUUCUGAGCCCUGGCGCCUGUGUUUAGGACUGUCGAGUAGCUUACUCAGUCACCAAGCCGUCACAUAUCGAGGAAAGUGCCACAGAGUCAUUAAGAAC